AUGAGCAACGACGAUAUAGAUAAUGAUGACGGUGGCGGCGAUGAAGCUUUGAGUAAGAGAGCGUCCACAAAGCUAUCAUGGAUUUCAAGCAAGCUGAUUGGUUCACUCAACUUCUAUAGAAUCCAUAUGAUCGUAUUCACUAUCGCACCACUCAUCAUUGGCGCUAUCCUUUACGCAGGGGAUGAUCACCACGAUUACGCCUUCAUUGAUACGCUAUUCGUCGCGACUUCAGCAUUCACAGUGACUGGAUUGUCCACAAUUGAACUAAGCCACUUUAAUGGAUUCCAACAAGGCGUUGUUUUCUUCUGUAUGUGCGUUGGAUCAGUUUCUACUGUAUCGAUUAUUAUGGUAAUCAUUAGGCGAUUCUACUUCAGGAAGCGUUUCAUGCAUGUCAUUAUGACUGACAAGCAAAAGAAAGCUCAGCGUCGUCCUUCUUGGUACGCAGCCGCGACUUCUUCCGCUAGAGAAACGGCAUCUGGUAUUAGAUCACGCAUUAGAAGCACCGUGCAUCGUUCAUCUGAAAUUUCUCCGUCGUUUUCCCGAUCCCAGUCGAGUGGACCACCCAAUCCACCAACUGCACCUUCAAAUGCUCAACGUCCAUCAUCCUCGGACCAAGAAUCAUCGUCGUCUUCCGACUUUAAAACUCCAAUCAAGCCUGCGGGAGGUACGAAACUGAAUAAAGUUGUCAGAUCUCUCGGCAUCGGCACAUCCAACAAUACUCAGUCAGACAACGUACCUCAGCAUGGAAGCAGCGAUCAGAAGAAAAAGCGCAGAUUUACACCGUCAAUGAUUCGCAGAGUUGAUGGACCUGCUCUGAUCAACAGGAUGGCUCCUGGUGGUUGGAUCUCCGACAAGGCAUCUGCCAAGUCAGUAUCUCCACCAUCUUCCCCAGUGCAGUCGCAAAAUGACAUGAGGAGUCGUUAUAGAGAUGCUGACAAUGAGCACGCCCUCGAUACAGACUCGGAGUCUGAUGAAGAGAACGCUGCGACAGUCCGUCAACCACCUCGCAAUAGAUCAUCUGUCACUAUAGCCAGACCUCCUUGGGUACAUUCACAGAGCAGAAGCAGGGACUCUCAGGGAUCCAAGUCGUUAGAGAGACCAUCGCAGGAUCAACAACCACAGCCUAUAAUAGUUGAUCAUGGAAAUGCUCAACAGGACGAAGAAAAAUUCCCCCGCAGCGCUACUAUUGGCUUCAGAGAGCCUGAAUUUUCGAUGAACAGGCAGCGUACAAUGGGAACAAACUUUGACAGAAGCAACACCUAUCAAUCUGGCAGAUCGCGCUCGAUCGCUCCAUCCGGUUACCUCCCACGUACCACCACAAAACCAUAUUCCACACGCGAUAGAGACUUUGGUGGGUUUCCAACCCCAAUCACGCUCGUAUCACGCCUAGUUGAUAGGUUCUUUCCCAACUUGAGAUCCAAGCUCGACAAAUCUGUUACUAUACCGCAUACACACACCUUCACAUCGCAGGCCGGAGGUACGGUUGGUGGGCCGGGUAGUCGGGGAAAGUACGCCCCAUAUAUUUCAUUCGAUGCUAUCGUCGGACGGAAUUCGGUUUUCAAGGAUCUCAGUGAUGACCAAAUUGAUGAGUUGGGUGGUGCUGAGUAUCUCGCUUUGAAGAUUCUCACUGUUGUUCUCAUUUUCUACUACCUCUUUUUCCAGCUCGCUGGCUUGACCAUUAUCGCACCAUACAUCAACGAGAUACCUCGAUUCGAAAGAAUAGUUGAUGAGGAGUCACCCGGCUUGGACACUGUGUGGUUCACCGCAUUCAACACCAUCAGUGCAUACAGUAACACGGGUAUGAGUCUAGUCGACAGCUCGCUGCAGAGGUUCCAGCAAGCGUACGGGAUGUAUCUUCCAAUGUCAUUCCUGAUUCUUAUUGGGAAUACGUGUUUCCCAAUUGUACUCAGAUUCAUCAUCUGGCUAGGCACCAAAGUUGUCAAGAAGGAUUCGCAUGAGUAUCAGGGCUUGCAUUUCUUGCUAGAUCACCCCAGACGCAGUUUUCUCUACCUGUUCCCAUCCCACCAGACAUACUUCCUGUUGUCGAUGGUAGUGAUUAUGGUCGUUACUGAUUGGGUGUGCUUCCUGUUGCUGGACAUUGGCACACCUUCAAUAGAACAGAUUCCAAUCGGCACCAGAUUCGCUUGUGGGUUCAUGCAGUCCACCGCCGUCAGAGCUGCUGGAUUCAACAUUGUCAAUCUCGCAGAUUUGUCGCCGUCUGUGCAAAUACUCUACAUGAUAAUGAUGUUCGUUUCUGUGUACCCCAUUGCUCUCUCGGUGAGAGGUACAAAUGUAUACGAAGAAAUGAGUCUGGGCGUAUAUAACAACGACGACCAGAGCUCUGAGGAACCCAACGAGAAUAACGUCGAACCAACAGUUUCAGAGUCGAGGGGAAAAUUAUGGGGCAGUUACUUUGGUUGGCACGUUAAAAAGCAGCUGUCUUUCGAUAUUUGGUGGCUCGCUUUCGUCUUGUUCCUCUGUUGCAUACUUGAGAGGGGGAAGAUAUUGGAUACAACCAAGCCGUACUUUAGUAUAUUUAGUAUACUGUUCGAAAUAGUCAGUGCAUAUGCGACCUGUGGAUUGAGUUUGGGGGUCAAUGAAAGAAGUUACUCCCUAUCUGGAGAGAUGCGCACACUGUCGAAACUGUUACUGAUAGUAGUCAUGAUCCGCGGUCGCCAUCGCGGUCUACCUAAUGCUAUUGAUAGAGCUGUACUUCUACCAUCAGAUGUACAAGAAACUGAUCAACAAAUGGCUGAUCAGCAAUCGCAAGCUGAAGAUUUGCGCAGGACGCGCUCCCAAACUACGAGUUUUUCAGCAGCACGUAAUAACACUUUUUACCGCGAACUUGAGAACAAUUACCGCGAUGGUGAUGAAGGUCUAGCUACAAUCAACGAGCAGACUCAUCAUCCUACCCUUUCCCCGGAGUCUACCAGGCUCAGCUCGCCGUCUGAGUUGUCGCCAAAACAUGAAUCUCCACCUCAUAUCACAAGUAAUGAUCAAGAUUCUCAAAACACACAAGUUAACAAGGAGGAGUAG